AUGAUCAAAUGCAUUGGCGAAGUGGUCACCAGCGAGGAGUUCAUCGAAUACAAGCGAUUAUUCGCGCUUAUCCAAAAGGCAAGGCAACCUGAAAUCAGCGAGGAAACGAUACCCGAGCUCCUCAGUCCAUUGCAUCUUGAUGAAGCGGAAUUCUCGUUGACACCAAGCCCAGGGCAGGAAAGUCGCGAGAGAUGCCGAGCUCAGGUUAUGACGGAAAUCGAAGUGCUUCUUAUGAGGAAUCCCGAGCUCAGUUUGGAUCGAUUGAAAUCAGCUACAACACAAAAGGUAAUCGAGUUGUCCGAGUUCAAGAUGCUUCUUGAGAUGUACGGCCUUGAGGAGCCUUUUCGCCCGUUCUAUAAACGGCUCGUAUCCUGCUUUCUCACUCACGACAACAAAAUUCACUUUUCCGCCUUUCUCGGCUGCUUGUCCCUUGUUCGCCCUCCAAUACGGCGACCUACUCCGGCAGCGCCUUCUGCGCCAUGGAACAAAGCUCCUUUAGCCGAUUACAACGAAGCGUAA